AUCCCCUUCUCGGGUUGUUCUCCUGAAGGCUUUUGGCUUUGGCAGAGGGGCCCGAGCCAGGACCAGCGUCAUGGGGGCGGGAGCGAGUGCCGAAGAGAAACGCUCGAGGGAGCUGGAGAAGAAGCUGAAAGAAGACGCCGACAAAGACGCCAGGACCGUCAAGUUGCUGCUGCUCGGUGCUGGCGAAUCAGGGAAAAGCACAAUUGUCAAACAGAUGAAAAUUAUCCACCAAGAUGGCUACUCUCUCGAAGAGUGCCUGGAGUUCAUCACCAUCAUCUACAGCAACACCCUGCAGUCUAUCAUGGCAAUCGUGAAAGCCAUGACCACGUUCAGCAUCAACUAUGGCCACCCAGAUCAGCAGGAUGACGCCAGGAAACUGAUGCAUCUGGCGGAUACCAUCGAGGAGGGCACCAUGCCGAAGGAGCUGUCUGACAUUAUCCUGCGCCUGUGGAAGGACUCGGGCAUCCAGGCAAGCUUCGACCGGGCUUCCGAAUACCAACUCAACGACUCGGCCGGAUACUACCUGAAUGACUUGGAGCGUCUGAUCCAACCGGGUUAUGUGCCCACUGAGCAGGAUGUGCUGCGAUCCAGGGUGAAAACUACCGGCAUCAUCGAGACUCAGUUCUCCUUCAAAGAUCUCAAUUUCAGGAUGUUCGACGUUGGCGGUCAGAGGUCGGAGAGGAAGAAGUGGAUCCACUGCUUCGAAGGGGUCACCUGCAUCAUCUUUAUCGCUGCUUUGAGUGCCUACGACAUGGUGCUGGUAGAGGACGACGAAGUGAACCGAAUGCACGAGAGCCUGCACCUGUUCAACAGCAUUUGCAACCAUCGCUAUUUCGCCACCACCUCCAUCGUCCUCUUCUUGAACAAGAAGGACGUGUUCGUCGAGAAGAUCAAGAAGGCUCACCUAAGCAUGUGCUUCCCCGACUAUGAUGGUCCCAACACCUAUGAGGAUGCCGGUAACUACAUCAAAGUGCAGUUCCUGGACCUGAAUAUGCGCCGAGACGUGAAGGAGAUCUACUCACACAUGACCUGUGCCACUGACACGGAGAACGUCAAGUUUGUGUUUGACGCCGUCACCGACAUCAUCAUAAAAGAAAACCUGAAAGACUGCGGCCUCUUCUGAAGAAUCUUCACACACAAUUGUGUACUAAUACAGUGUGCAUCAUCUUCUGGGGACAACAAAGCGUCCCAUCAAUACAGAUGUAAGAAGUCUUAACUUUCACUUCUGUGGACUGAACAGAAACUAUUAACCAUCAUAAUUUGCUCCCAUUGUUUUUUUUUUUUUUUUAGAGGAGCUAAUUUGCCAUGGGAGGCUAUGCAAUAUGUAGCAGACAUGCAAAUAAACGUUUCUUGCUGAGAUGCACAUAUGCACUUCAACCUCUGUUAGACUAAUAAUGUCUUUGUAUAACUAUGGUGUAGUUGUUUUUCUUUUUUUUUAUUAGAUGUACUCAUUUUAAAUUUAAAAGCGAUCAUCUGCAACCCGAACGAAUGCUAAACUGUCCCAUACAGACAUUACUGUGUAAAGCCCGACCCCGAUAUUAAAGCUUCUGUAGAGAACGCUAUGUGACCAUCAUCGUUUGUUAAUUCAUGUAUUCAUUUUAAUGAGAGAAGAAAUAAAGACAGCAAAGUUAGAACUGUUGUUAAACCUUC